AGAACAAACCAAUCACAGUCUUUGCAUGUUUUCUCUACCUUCACCGUUUUGAAGGUUCAAAGUUAUGUAACGAUUUAAACUUCACUUUGACUGCUCACUUCACCCUGAUUUCUACACGCCACCCAGCACAGUGCACAGUGGGUGUGUAUUUUUUCCUCUCUUUUUAGCCUCACGGAUUUACUUGCCCAAAAUAAAAUAGUUAUGACUGGAAAAGUUGUGCUGCACUAUUUUAAUGGGAGAGGGAAAAUGGAGUCAAUCCGCUGGCUUCUGACAGUUGCAGAAGUUGAGUUUGAUGAGGUGUACCUGAGCACCCGUGAGCAGUAUGAAAAUCUCCUCAGUGAUGGGGCUCUCAUGUUUCAGCAGGUUCCAAUGGUGGAAAUCGAUGGCAUGAAGCUUGUCCAGACAAGGGCAAUCUUGAAUUACAUCGCAGAGAAGUACAACCUUCAUGGAAAAGAUCUCAAAGACCGUAUCAUGAUCAACAUGUACUCAGAGGGGCUGAUGGAUCAAAUGGAAAUGAUAAUGAUGUUGCCCUUCAGCUCAGAUGCAAAAUCGAAACUGGACACUAUUCAGACUAAAGCAAUAGAGCGCUACCUGCCUGUGUUUGAAAAGGCACUGUCUGGGCCCAUGUACCUGGUGGGAGGUAAACUAAGCUGCGCAGACGUGCAGCUGCUCGAAUGCACCCUGAUGCUGGAGGAGAAAUUUCCUGCAAUCCUCUCUGAGUUUCCCAACAUCAAGGCUUUUCAGGGCAGGAUGACUAAGAUUCCCGCGAUCAGCAGGUUCCUGCAGCCAGGCAGCAAGAGGAAGCCACAGCCAGAUGAAACCUAUGUGAAGACGAUCAUGGAGGUGUUCAAAAUAAAAUUACCAUGAACUCUGUAAAAGAUCUGGUAUGCUCCUCCAACGGGCAGUGUGAAGAUUCUACUAAAUAAAGAGUUUAUU